AUGGGCCUAUCCCUCCAUGCGCACCCGUCGCCAUAUCGUGUGGUGCACAAUGCCUCCCAUCCGCGGAUACAGUACCCUCAAGGCGUGCCGUCGACGAAACCACCAUCCGUCCCUCGGCAGGACGAGUACUAUGGCCACGCAGACACCUCUCUACUCUGCACUCGAUUUAUUACUCACUUGUUCGCUUGCCCGGAAUUACCCCCCUCGUCGUCCAAUUCGAAGGUCAAAUUGCAAAAGUUCAUUGCUUAUGCCCUUCACCGCACCAAGCUCCAGCCAUCCGUGACGUUCGCCGCUCUCGUCUUACUUCAAAGACUAAAGGCACGAUUCCCCACCGCCCGUGGCUCCUCUGGCCACCGACUUUUCAUUUCAGCGUUUAUGCUCGCGAGCAAAGUCAUUUGCGACGACACCUAUUCGAACAAAUCGUGGGGUAUCGUGGCGCAGGGCAUGUUCCAGCUUCGAGAGAUUAAUCAGAUGGAAAGGGAGAUGUGUCAAUACUUGGAGUGGGAGUUAAAUGUGGAUCCCUCUACGCUGUGUGAGUUUGAGACUAUGGUACGGAGAGAUUUCGUAGGGAUGGGCCCAUUUCCAACUUACGUUUUACCGUCGACGAAGAAGUCGACUCCCCCUCCAUCAACAAACCCUUUCGCGCCUCAGCAUUCAAACUUCAUCCCGCCGCCCCCUCACGCCGCCCACCGCCAUCCAUCCCCCCCGCGGUCCGCGUACGUCCCCCCGCCUUCGUAUUCCACCCCUCCCGAUACCCCAGAGGCCUCUCCGUCUUAUUCUACGUCGUCCACCUCCCCUGCUUCCUCCGCACCGCCACCAACGCCCGUCGGGGUCGAAGACCUGUCAGCCAAAAUCGUGUCCGCAUCGUCUUCGCCGGGAUACUCCUCGAUGGAGCACACAAAGAUGUUUGCGUUCGCGUCACCCGCCGUUUGGUAA